UUAAUAGUAAGACGCUCCCAGCAUCCAAGUUUGCCAAAUCCAGUGUGCCAAAUCCACUGUGUGGCACACUGGACGGUGCAUAGUGGUCACCGGAGAUACCUGGACUUUUUUCAGCACUUUUUGGGGAGACCAAUAAGACAAAGCACAGCAUCGUCCCUCGUUGCCUCGGCGUCCUCCUUCCCCUAUUCCCCCGGUAAGACUCUGACUCCCUCGCUGCAACCAUGGUGGUGAUGAAGAUGAAGUUCCCCUUUGAGAAAAGGGUGAAGCUAGCCCAGGGACUGUGGCUCCUCUCCUGGAGUGCCACGGUGGCCGGAGCUAUGACCUUCAGCCUGGGGUGCAUCCUAAAGACAGAGCUGCGCAGGAGGGCAGAGGUCAUGGAUAACUCAGACAUCCAUAUUGUGCCCAAUACCCUCAUGAUUGUCGGUCUGGCCUCCUUGGGUAUCAACUACUUUGCGUCAAAGAUCUGUCAGGAUGCUCUGGAUGCCGGGCGAUUUCCUCGCUGGAAGAACUUCUUGAAGCCCUAUUUCGCCGUCUCUUGUUUCUUCACCGUCCUCAUGUUGCUCACCGUCAUCAUGAGCUAUGCAAUGAAGGGCAGUCUGGAGUCUUCUCUGAAGGUUGGCCUGAGGAACGGCAUCCGCUUCUACAAGGACACGGACACCCCAGGCCGCUGCUUCCAGAAGCAGAACAUCGAUCGCUUGCAGAUGGAGUUUCAGUGCUGUGGAAACAAUGACUUCAGGGACUGGUUUGAGGUCCAGUGGAUCAGCAACCGCUACCUUGAUUUCAGCUCCAAGGAAGUCAAAGACCGCAUCAAGAGCAACGUGGAUGGCCGCUACUUGGUGGAUGGAGUCCCAUUCAGUUGCUGCAACCCCAGCUCUCCCCGGCCGUGCAUCCAGUAUCAGCUCACCAACAACUCGGCUCAUUAUAACUAUGAAUACCAAACCGAGGAGCUCAACAUCUACCUCCAAGGCUGCAGGGAGGCCCUGGUCCACUACUACAUGGGCCUGAUGAACACCAUUGGGGCUGGAGUGCUGUCUGUCUUCCUCUUACAGGGCUCUGUACUGGUGAGCCUGCGCUUCCUGCAGACCUCCAUGGAGGCGGUGGCAGGGAAGGAGAACACAGAGAUUGAGACAGAAGGGUACUUGCUGGAGAAAGGGGUGAAAGAGACCAUCAAGGAGUACCUCGACCCCGUGCUGAAGUUCCUCCUGCUUACAAACCAGGUGGAAGAGGGCACCCCAGCUCCUGCCCCAGCUACCGCGUAAACCACAAACGAUGUACACACAUGCAAAUGUUUUUUACACAGAGAUGGCAACUAAUGAAUAAACAGAAUGUUAAUAACACAUUUCUAUGAAUUUCACAGAUUUAGGGAUAGUAUUUUUUAUUAUGUGUACCAUGAUGACCAUCAUGGAUAAGUAAAUGUAUUCUAUCUUACUUUACUUUCACAUUCCAAUCCCAUCUUCUCCCUGUCAGUGAAAGGAAUAGGAUUAUGAAGACUGAUUAAUCGAUGUCAGUAAUACAGUGAAAGCCAUCAAGUGUGUCCUCUGUUCUGACAUCUUUGUUAAAGCUUUUAAUCCCGUUUGUUAAUACUCAACCUGCUGCCCUUGCAGUUAGACACCUGCGUCAGGUGGAUGCAGAGUGAACUAUGCCAAGGCUUUGUUUGCUUCUAAAAAGUACAGACAAAAUGAAAAUAAUGAGACAUAACUUUUCAAAUGCAGACAAAGUGUGAAGAGUUCUUUACCCAAGUCCCUGACCAGUUCAUUAAACCUGAAAGAGGAUUAUUCUACACUCUCUUCAUUUCCAGAAACAAACAAUUGGUUCAUCUUUGGGAUCUAUUUGUAAUGUCAACCCAUGUGAAUAGCUCUAUUAAAGAUCCUUUUAAAAACACCACACAGCCCUGACUGAUUUUCUUUGGUUAGGUUUUCUGA